AUGUCCGAUGCUCCUCCGCCACAGGCUUCUCUCACCGAGCCAACACCUCCAGAUCAACCUCCACGCGAGACCCCACCACCACCGCCGCCUGCAGAGACUCAACCUCCUCCGGAGUCGUCACCGCAAUCGGAACCAGAGCAACCAACUUCACCUCCUCCACCGCCGCCGCCGCCAACCACCGAUAAUCCACCACCACCACCACCACCCACCCCGACCUCUUCUCAGGAGCCCUCCCCUUCUCGUCCCCCACCACCACCCUCAUCGUCACCACGACCCCCGUCACCGUCGCCGCCGCCGCCGCCGCCGCAGCAAUCCACCCCCAGGGUGAGUUCUGUCAUAACGACAGUAACGUCGACUUUGCCACCCAUUCCUGAUCCCAAUACGCCAACCCCACCACAAAAUAAUCCGGCCUCUCCGACUCUAGGCACAACUUCGACGUUACCAACUUCCACGUCGCACCCGAGUAAUGGAGGGGGACUAUCUGCGGGCGGUACGAUCGCAGUCGCCGUUGUGGUCCCUGUUGUGUCUGUGGCCUUGAUAAUUAUAGCACUGCUAUUCUGGUGGAGAAAGCGGAAAGCGAGAAAGAUUGCCGAAGAAGAGCGAAAACAGGAAAUUGAAGAAUAUCGAUUUAACCCGAACACCGAUCCCACCCUUCCUGCGAUCGGCCUUACCGGAAACUUCAACGACUCGUCCGGGCCGAAAGAUGGCAACUCCGGCUAUCGUGGUUGGGGCGCAACUUCAAGUUCGCGGAAAUAUUCCACUGGCCCAAGCAUGCCGGUUUCUGAUAAUGGAAGCAGCCAGCCGUUUCGGCCCGUCUCCCCGAUAGACGACGGUGGCCAUUACGCUGACAAUGGCCAUCGACCGGAUUCUGGUGACUCUGAGACCAUCGGGGCGUUGCCUGCGAGGUCCGGCAACAGGGGAGAUAUACAUAGGGGCCCUUCUAAUGCUUCUUCCGGGUAUUCAGUCGCAAAUCACUCAGAUAUCUCCGAUGAUAUUUCGCCUCCCGGUGCCCCUCCCGGGACUCAUUAUUAUGAAGAAAACCCAUACUAUAGCGAUGCGCUAGGGCAGCAAGGGCCGUAUGGAGAUAGUGCGUAUAGCAAUGUGCAACCUGUGAUCCGGGAUGUUCAAGCAAGACGGAACACGCGCAUUGAAAACCCUUCGGUAUUCCCACAACAGGGAAAUGCGGGUAUCUCGCAGAAUUUCUGACAGUCGCCUGCUUAACUUGCUUUUAUAAAUGUAUCUCUGUUGUUGCCGUUCCGAAACAGUUUUGAGUGCUUUCUGACACUGUGCUGGGCUUUGGCCUCGUCACUGACCUCCUUUGAUAUCCCGGAACUUGUCCCGAGUUAACUUUUUCCCCCCUUCCCCCUCCCUAUCUUUCUUUCUUUUCGUCUCUUUUCUUUUUUUUUUGGUCCUGUCGUCCCCGUUCCUUUUUGGCCCAUUCUCCUUUUUUUUUUUUUUUUUUUUUUUCUUUUCAUAUCUAUCAUAUCUUUUAGAACCCUGGUUUUUGUAUGAAAGCUCACGAAGUUUCUGACCCCAUUGCUCCACUUUUGUGUUUAUUAUUACAUGGUACAUAUGCCAUCUAAAUAUCUCUUUUCUUUUUUA